ACUGGGUUUUGUUUCAGUCCUCCAGGCCUCAGACAGAAGAUCGUAGCUGUUCUGCUGGGACCUCUACAAAUGGUUACUGGAGUAACUCUGCUGGACUGGCCCAAUGACAGACACACUGAUCAACAGACUGACCACAGACACACUGAUCAACAGACUGACCACAGACACACUGAUGAAGACCACAGACAGACUGAUGAAGACCACAGACACACUGAUCAACAGACAGACCACAGACACACUGAUCAACAGACUGACCACAGACACACUGAUCAACAGACUGACCACAGACACACUGAUCAACAGACUGACCACAGACACACUGAUCAACAGACUGACCACAGACACACUGAUCAACAGACUGACCACAGACACACUGAUCAACAGACUGACUACAGACACACUGAUCAACAGACUGACCACAGACACACUGAUCAACAGACCGAUAACAGACAGACUGACACUGACCAGGACAGACAAAUGGAGGGUCGUAGCUCUCUCUCUCUCCUGCUGGAUCAUCUCAACCACAAACCCUCAUGUGUCUCUCUGCUCUGCGUCUCCGUGUCCAGCGCUCCCUACAUAACAGACAUGGAUUCAUCUGCCUCCGUCAUCCUUGCUGUGGUGUCACUCCUGAGGAUCUGUAACGGCCACUCCCCCUCACCCGAGAGCAAGGCUGCUAUUGGCUGUAGCAAAGCAUCCACCAACCUGAUUGGCUGCAGCAAGGUCCAGAGGUGUUGCCUAGACUCCCUGGCUAGCCUUAGCACCUGCCCUGGAGCUGUGGAACGGGUGGCGGAGGUGUUCCAUGUUCUAGUGCAGAACCUACAGAACCCUGACUCAGACCCCACCGUGCUCCAGAAGAACUACCAGGCCAUGUUGAGGUGGCUUCGUGUGUCUGCAGAGCCUCACUCACUGGCUGAUCUGGUCACUGAAGACCUCCUGCCCGUGCUAAAGAAGCGUGUGUGUGACGUGCGUUGGGAGGUUCGAGACUCCACUCUGGAGUUCCUCGGCCAGCUGUGUGAGGCGUUAAGCUGCACCGUCACUCCUAUCCUGCUGGAGGCGCUGUGUGAUCAGGAGAGCUAUGUGAGGGCUAGUGCCAUCUCUGCCCUGGCCAGGACACUACCGCUCAGUGACCAGCAGGGGGAGCCAGGGAACCAGACACAGGAACAGACCCUGGGUCAGUUACUAGACAUCCUGUCUCAGGAUUCAGAGGGCUUCCCCAGACGUGCUGUGGUCCAGUACUUCAUCAGCUGGCUAAAGACACACCCUUCAUCUUCCUCCUCCUCCUCCUCCUCGCUGUGUUCUGUCCUAUCGCUGGGCAGCACUGAUCUGGACUGGGAGGUCAAAGUUCACACCCUGGAGCUGGUUGAGCUCCUAAUGGAGGAAACACUACCAGGUCACCAGGAGUCAGAGCUGGGGUCAACUCCUCCCCCUUACGGUGGCUCUGGAGGGACAAACCUACUAACACACACUGACCUCACACAUCCCUACGCUGUGACGCCAAGCCAGCCCUCACCCCUUCUAACACACACCCAACUGACACACACACCCCCUCACACACACACCCAACUACAUCUGUAG